AUGUCGAAGAACAAAAAACUGUCGCUGUCGGGCGGCGAUACGGCGGAGAAAUUUAUUUACAAACCCAAGGAUCUGAUAUGGGCCAAAAUGAAGGGCUUCACUCCGUGGCCUGGAAUGAUCGUCGAUCCCCCUCUUGAUCUGCUCAGCCAGCAGCGCCGGGCGAAUACCAAAUGCGUGUUCUUCUUUGGAUCUAGAAAUUUUGCCUGGAUUGAGGAGAACAACAUUAAGCCUUUCGAGGGACCCUGGAAGGAUGAACUGGCCAAGGUGAGCAAGCCCGCUGCUUUCCGCCACGCCAUGACGGAUAUCGAGAAGUACAUUGACGACCCCGCCGAGGUGGACGAACAGGUCAACAAAAGCUGCGGGGCGCCCAACCACGCCACUGAAGCCGACUUCGACAAGAUCCGGGAUGGCCUGGAUAACGAGGAGACUGUGGGCGACGAGGCAGCAGUCGAUGCUAACAACGGAGUGGUGGCCCAUGUGGUGGGCAGCCCCGAUGAGGGCGAGGGCUUGGAUGGGGAGGUCAAUGCUGAUUCCUCAGCAUCACCAGCGACGACGCCGGCGACAACAACAAAGGCAGGUGGCAAGCGGACGCCCAAGGCCAAGUCCGUGACCGCCGCGUCGGUCAAGUCGACCAAGGGAUCGGCGACGAAAUCAACACAUAAACGGCGCACUUCCGCCCAACAGACGCCCAGUGGGGCAUCGAACGCCAAGCGGGGAAGGAGGGCUGCUUCCGGGGAGGCAGCGCAGGAUGUGGAGGGUGCCAGCGCCACGCCCACGGCCAGACGUCGCGUGGAGACUGAUGCACUUUUGGCCUCACUGGCCGCCAAACGGGCUCCGAAUGCAAUUGCUCUGCUUGACCGUCCGGUGGUCACGCGGCCGGAGGCGCAAGUUAUCGACAUGAGCUCGCGCUCCAACACGCUGGCCGAUCGCGAAAUCGUGCCCUCAGAGCAGACCUUUGGGUUCCUGGGUCUUGGCAUGAUGGGAUCGACCAUAGUCAAGGACUUGAUCUACACAGGCCACAAGGUUGUGGUCUGGAACCGCACCAUUGACAAGUGUCAGCCCUUCGCGGAGGCCGGUGCCGAGGUCAAAGACACUCCCAUGGAUGUGGUGGAGGCUGCCGACGUUAUCUUUUGCUGUGUGUCGGACCCCAAGGGCGCCAAGGAUCUCGUUUUUGGCAACUGUGGUGUUCUGCAGUUGAAGGACUUGAACAACAAGGCCUACGUGGAAAUGUCUACCAUUGAUCCGGACACUUCGUUGGACAUUGGUGAGGGUAUCAAGCAGUGCAACGGUCGCUAUUUGGAGGCACAAAUCCAUGGAUCGCGCCAAGAGGCGGCAGAUGGCAUGCUCAUCAUCCUCGCCGGUGGAGAUCGUUCAGUGUUCGAGGAGUGCCACUCGUGCUUCAAGACCAUCGCGAAGAACACAUUCUUCUUGGGGACAGAUAUCGGUAACGCCUGCAAAGUGAACCUUAUUUUGCAAACCAUUUUGGGAGUGAGUCUGGUCGGGUUGGCUGAGGCGUUAGCACUUGCUGAUCGUUUCUCCAUUUCCUUAAACGAUAUCAUAGACAUUUUCGAUUUGACUUCGAUGAAAUCACCGAUGCUGCUAGCUAAGGGCAAAGAAAUGGCCAAGGGCGACUUCAAUCCACAACAGCCUUUGAGCCACAUGCAACGCGACUUGCGCCUCGUGCUCAACAUGGCCGAGAAUCUGGACCAGUCCAUGCCCGUCACGAGCAUCACCAACGAGGUGUUCAAGCACACCAAGCGCUUGGGCUACAGUGAACACGAUUCGAGCGCCGUAUUCGUAAGAUCCAGAUUUUAACAAUUAGUUAACACGACUAACGUUUAAACUAUAUUUUAUCAUUUAGUUUAAAGCGUACACCGAACAGAACAGAACCAGAACACUGACAAACAAAACACACACACUCAAAAACACAACAGUAACUCAUAACCCCCACUUACCAUCCACCCACCACCAACCCAAACUGACAGAGGCGUUCGAUCGCAAGGAAUACCCAGAUGGUAUAAAGGCCACUUUGGUAUGCCCUUGCGAUGGGCAGCGUCAUCCUAACCUUUCGUAUCUUUCCCCCAUCUCCCCACAUACAAAGCGUUCUUUGCAAGGUGGCUAGAACCGACCAUUGAAUCAGUUCUACGACCCAGUUUUAUGACCUAGUCGGUCUGCUUGAGACGCAGGAGCCAGUGAAGUGUGCUGGGGAGAGUGUGUUCAAAAGCUGGCGGUAGAACAGAACAUACGCUUUCCGGAAUCACUUUAACGAAUGUGCAUUACACGUCUUUAAAGUGUUUUAUUGUAUUCUUUUGACGGGUGAAACGCAAUCCCAGAGAGGAGGGAGGGCUAGGGGGCGCCGUGUUUCCGAUUUUAUGUUUAUGAUAAGGCGUUUCCUCCCCAAAUAUCAUUUAAAGUAUGUGGAUACAUAAACUGUAAAUGUAUAGAAUACUGCAUCCGAAUAAAAUGUACAAAGCAUACUUGUGAAACACAACCCUGAAUGUGGGAGCAUGGACCCCCAAAUGUAUCAAACCGACCUCCCCUUUUUGUGCAUUUACUCUCCAAUCUUAUAUUUUCAUGUAUACAUUUUACACAUUUUUUCUAAGAAUAAAAAGUAAGCUAAACGAUCAUACAGAGUAACAUUGCAAACAUUUGGCGUGGCGGUAGCGACAGAUUUGGUUUAGUUAUAGUUUUCCAACCUUAUACAACAAACGAGACACAAACUGAUACGGAAAACAAAACGGAACACACCACAACUGACACAAAAAAAAAACAAAAACAAAACUACAACAACCGGAAGCAAACAAAAUAGCGUAAACUUUGAUCGACCCAUUGGCGAGGGUCAUUAUUAAUAAUAAUAAUAAGAAUAUAUAAUAAAUAAUAUAUUUUACUUAUUAUUUAGUCUGUAUUUUGUUGUAAAACAAAGAUUAAUAAAAAGAUAAUUUUAAUAGA